GAAGAGAUGACUCCGGAGCCAGACCUCUACAGUUACAACUCAGCGAUUGCCGCCUGUGACAAAGAUCGUCAUUGGGAGAAGGCACUGCAUUUGGUGAUGCGUCGGAUGGGUGAGCGCCAUCUACAUCCUGAUUCAGUCAGCUUCACUGCGGCCAUCUGCGCAGCGCGCAAGGAGCAUGGCGUAGCACUCGGCUUGUUGAAUGAGAUGUUUACACGCAGCGUUCCACGUACAGCUCGAACCUAUGCGGCUCUCAUCGCCACUGCAUGGCAGCACUGGGAACAGGCGCUGGCACUGUUCGAGUACUCCAAGAGGGAGGGCAUUGAGGCUACAACGCAGCUUUGUGGCUCAGCCUUGGCAGCUUGUGCUGCGGGGCGUCAGUGGGUUCUCGCAGUGGGCUUGCUGGAAGAGAUGCAAGGCCAGCACUUGCCUAUCAACAAUGAAGCUGGCCAUGCUGCCAUCAGCUCCUGCUUCGUUGCUUGGAACAAUGAGGAACAAGGGCAUUGGCAAGAGGCAUUGGCGAUGGCUUGCAGCCUCCAAGCUGCGGACUUGCAGCUGGAUGCAGCGACGUACGUGGCUCUGAUCUCUGCUUGCUCUUGCUGCAGCAGGUGGCAAGAGGCGUUGGCCAUCCACUCGGAAGCCGAGAGAGAAGCAAAAGCCUCAGAGGCCAUGUGCUCAAAUGCUUUGAUCACCGCUUUUGGCCGCGCUACAGAGUGGAGACGUGCUUUGCAGGCAUUCGAAGCCCUGACGGAACGUGAGAGGCCGACGGUUGUCACAUGCAAUGCCCUCAUCUCUGCUUUUGCAGAGGGCUCCCAGUGGCCCCUUGCACUGCAGGUGCUUCAAAGCUUGCCGCAGAGAGCUUUGACACCAACAGUUGUGACCAUGAAUGCGGCCCUUCACGCCCUGGCUGGAGGCAGCCACCAUGCGGCUGCACGCAACUUGCUAGGAAAAAUGCCUGCUUUUCAGCUUCAGCCAGACUGUUGGAGCUUCACCGCCGUAAUGACCGCCUGCACUCGAGCGACAUGUUGGCAGGCAACAUGUGAGCUACUGACUGAGAUGAUGAGGAAACAAAUCGACCCAGACCUCUACAGCAUCAACAACAUGAUGUCAGCUCUGGCUGCAUCACCAAGAUGGGAGGAGGCGCUGGUAGUGCUCAACAACAUGCCGCGACUGAAGCUGGCUCCCGAUGUUCUGAGCUACAGCGCUGUGCUCGCGGCUCGCAUGCAGGCCGCCAUCGGUGAGGCCAACUUGGCAGUGCUGCAGGGAGGCGUGAAUUCGGUAUGCAAGUAG